AUGGGAGAAGUAACCGUCAACGGCGAGAAGGCCCAUUACUCGCAGUUCCUGGACCACCUCACCUCCUACCCUAUCAUCUCCAACUCCAUCGCAACCUUCAAGGGCAACAAGUACGGUGCCAAGUCGCUGCACUACGCAGACCAAGGAUACACCCGUCUAGCCAAGCCCGUCCUACCUUAUUUGUCCAUGCCGUAUAGCUAUGUGUCACCGUACCUGAUCAGAGCGGAUACUUUGGGCGACAAGGGGCUGUCUCAGAUUGACACGCGGUUUCCCAUCAUCAAGGAGGAUACAGACAAGUUGAGGACUACAAUUUACGAAGGUGCACAGGGGUCCGUUCGCAUUGUGGUCGAUGUGAAGGGCCACCUUGUCGAGCUGUAUGGGACCGAGUAUAAGAAGUGUGGUGGGGACGGAUUGGUUGCGAGCGGUAAGGCCUUUAUCACCACCGGUCUUAUCCUGUCGCAGGAGUCGUUGGCCUAUGUUAGCUCUUUGUUGCAGACGAAGAAAGAGCAGGAUAAGGAUGCUGUGCAAGAAAAGGAUAAUCCCUACCUGGAUGUCUCUCCCUUCCCGUCGAGCCAACAAGACUCAAGUAGAUGGCUCAGAUCCCGACACACCUACGCCUCAUCCCCGGCCGGCCUCUCCACCCAGCAACCCCGCCGCCGCCGCCAUGAAACCGAAAUCACCCAAGCAGACUCAGAAUCCAUAGCAGACAGUAGCGAUGACUCCGAAGACGAUGAAAACGGCGCGAUCCACGCGCCAAGCAGCACGGACGUGAUGGUGAAGAAACUAGUGCGUCUGGCGCUGGCGAGCGAGUACUCGCGACAGGUUAUCCGGCGGACAGAUAUUAGCGCGAAGGUAUUAGGGGAGCAGGGUGCGAGGCAGUUUAAGGCUGUUUUUCAGGGUGCACAGAAGGCGUUACAGGAGAGGUUUGGGAUGCAGAUGGUGGAGUUGCCGGGGAAGGAGAAGGUUACUAUCAGUCAACGGAGGGCCGCGCAAAAGACCGAAAAGCCUUCCUCAAGCAACAAGUCAUGGAUUCUAAACAACACUCUCCCGUCCCAUUACCGCACACCCCAAAUCCUCCCUCCAACCAAGGCUCCCAUGGAAUCCACUUACACCGGUAUCUACAGCUUCAUAAUCGCCGUGAUCCUGCUCAACGGCGGCGCGUUACAGGAGUCUAAAUUAGAGCGAUACCUGAAGCGCACAAACGCAGACACCCACACGCCCAUCGACCGUACAGACAAGCUCCUCCAGCGACUCUGCAAGGAAGGCUACCUCAUCCGCAAUCGGGAGAUGGACGGUGGUGAGGAAAUCAUUGAAUAUAUGGUUGGGCCGCGGGGGAAGAUGGAGGUUGGGAUUCAGGGUGUUGCGGGGUUGGCGAGGGAGGUAUAUGGACGGGCUGCGGAGACGGAAGAUAUGACUGCUUUGGAGAGGGAUCGGAUGGAGGAGUUCGAGCAGCGGCUGGCGAGGAGUUUGGGGAUGAGGAGGUCUGAGAGAACUGCUGAGGUUGAAAAUGAGAAUGAAGAAGAGGAUCAGGGGGGGAGACGGUGA